AAAUGCCGGGUCUUCCCCGAAGUCCGCCAUCCCACUGCAACCACCCUUUUUAUACCCUCCCCCCUGACCAGACCUGUUCACAGGAAAAAAAAAAGGAAAAAGUCCCAUAGACCUCCAAAGAAAUCCAUGAGUAGUCCAGUGCCACGUCUUCCCCUCCUCCCCCUCUUCCUCCUCUUCAUCACCCACUCCCAAAGUAACACUUCUUCUACCGCAGAGACUACCACAACAAGUGCUAACAUCUCUUCUUGCCUCCUCUCCUCCCGUGUCCAAAACUUCACCCUCUUCUCCUCUCCACCUUCCAUCCAAUACUCCAAUCUCCUCAACUUUUCCAUCCAAAAUCUCCGCUUCGCUUGCCCCUCCGUCCACAAGCCCUCCACCCUCAUCCUCCCAAACACCCAACAUGAGCUCCAAAGCUCCAUCGUUUGCUGCCGUUCUUCUUCCUUGACCAUCAGACUAAGGAGCGGCGGUCACAGCUAUGAAGGCUUAUCCUACACCGCGGGACAGCACACCCCCUUCGCGAUCAUAGACUUGAUGAACCUGAACCGGGUCUGGAUCGAUUCCGGCUCGUCCACUGCCUGGGCCGAGUCGGGCGCUACAGUGGGCGAGAUAUACCACGCCGUCGCCCGGUCCAAGCGGCCCCUGGCCUUCUCGGCCGGGACCUGCUCGACCGUCGGCAGCGGCGGGCUUAUCUCCGGAGGCGGCUUCGGCUUCCUCUCUCGGAAGUACGGCCUCGCUGCCGAUAACGUCUUGGACGCGGUUCUCAUCGACCCGGCCGGUCGAGCUCUGGACCGGAAAUCCAUGGGCGAGGACGUCUUCUGGGCCAUCCGGGGCGGCGGUGGCGGAAGUUUCGGUGCGGUCUACGCCUGGAAGCUCCGGCUCGUCCCGGUCCCGGACCGGGUCACCGUGUGCUCGAUCAGCCGGCCUGGCUCGGUCAGGAAAGUUGCCGAGUUGACUCACAAGUGGCAGUACGUGGCCCCGAAUCUCCCGGACGAGUUCUUUCUCUCAAAAUUUAUCCAAGGGUCAACGACUGGGAACCUCACCAACAAGUUCUUGGGCCUAUUCCUCGGCCCUAAAGGAACCGCACUUUCCAUACUGCGCCAAAGAUUCCCCGAGUUGGCCGUAUCAGAAUCGGAGUGUAACGAGACGAGUUGGAUCGAAUCGGCGGUCAGAUUCACCGAUCUAAAAUCCGUCUCCGAUCUACUGAACCGCGAGCCGACAUCGAAGAAGUACUUCAAGGCCAAGUCGGACUACGUGAGGGCCCCAAUCACGAUGGAGGGUCUGAUCACAGCCGUUGAUUUGUUAUCCAAGCAGCCAAAAGCGUUUGUUUUUUUUGAUCCGUACGGUGGAGAGAUGGGCAGGAUAGCGAGCGGUGAUCUGCCGUUCCCUCACCGGAGGGGGAAUUUGUAUGGGAUCCAGUACGUGAUCCAUUGGAACAAGGGUGAGGACGGAAUGGCGUACGUGGCAUGGAUACGGAGGCUCUACGAGUACAUGGGACGGUUCGUUUCGAAGAACCCCCGGGUGGCGUUCGUGAAUUUUGUGGACCUUGAUCUUGGGACCAUUCAAUGGACCACAAGAAGUGGUGGGUCCUGGGACGCGGUGGGUGUGGCGAGGGCGUGGGGUGAGCGGUAUUUCUUGGGGAACUACGACCGGUUGGUGAGGGCCAAGACGGCAAUUGAUCCGGAUAAUGUGUUCAGAAAUGAGCAGAGCAUUCCUCCGUUGCCCAAAGGAGGUUCUUAAACUAAUAUUAUUCCAGAAACGACCUAUGUGUUUCAGGGUAGAAUUAGAGGUGGUGAUAAUUAAGCAAAGAGGAGGAAAAAUGCGAGAAGCACCUGGAUUGAGCUGGGAGGAAGAGUUAGUAGAUGGUGAAAAUCAAAUAUGGAGAAAAAAUAGAAAAAAUAUGGAGGAAAAAUAUGGUGAUAAUCAAAACAAGGGAGAAAAUAGAUCUGCAGCUGAAUGAAGUAGAUAUGAAGCUGCAUGGAGAAAAAAUAAAAAUUUACAUGGAGUAUUACUAGGGAAGGACAAAAGAAGGCAACAAUUUCUAUUACUCAAAAUAUGGAGCUGCCACUCUUUUUUUUUUUGGUUUUACUACAUCCUAUUUCUCUCUCCUUUACGUUUUCUUCCUUUCUUUUCACCUUCCUCUUCUUCCUCUUACUUCUUUGAAACGCUGUGUCGUGUCAUUUUACCAGUUAUUCUUCAGUUGCCACUUCUAUAACCUCUUUUUCUCGUUUUCCUUCUCUUUCUCCUAUGCUAUUCACCUGCAAUACUGUUAUCUUUCCUUUCCAUAUGCUAUUCUGUGUCCUCUCUUCUUUGUUUCAUCCUGUCAUAGCUCACCCCUUAUUCCUGUUCUAUCAUUGUCGUGUUAUUUAAUGCAAAUGCUUUCAGCUCGGGUUACGGUGACUACAUCGACAUUUUACUACUAGAGCUGUGGAAUUACUUCUACGAGUGUCAGCAACUUGUAUCUGCUGUGCAUUUAUCCUUUUCAAAAGAUCGAUUAACUUGUUAUCAAUUAUAUGUUACAAA